GGAUGAAGGGCGUAGAGGUGGGCUUAACGGUGGCUACUUUAGUUCCUUAGUUAUACAGACAACGGAAGUGUGGCUUUCAUUUAGCAUCGGCCAAACAGGACCGAUCAAGAUACCCAACAGACUUGAGAACGGAGUCUUCAUCGUAAUGGAACUGUAGACCAUUCUCAGGACAAAUUUUGGGAUUCUGGGUGGAGUCCUGGGUGUACUCGACUGGCCGGGAGGGCCAUGGCGGACUCGACGUUUUUGGCACCAGAGCUAAACGACACAGAGUCGAUGGGUGAAGAGACGGUGCGGUUUCAGGAGCUGCUGCUGAAGGCUUCCAAAGAGCUCCAGCAAGCCCAGACAGCCAGGCCAGACUCUACACAGAUCCAGCCAAAGCCUGGUUUCUGUGUGAAGACCAACUCAUCGGAAGGAAAGGUUUUCAUCAACAUCUGCCACUCUCCCUCCAUCCCUCCCCCGGCCGACGUGACUGAGGAUGAGCUGCUGCAGAUGCUGGAGGAGGACCAGGCUGGCUUCCGAAUCCCCAUGAGCCUGGGAGAGCCGCACGCGGAGCUGGAUGCAAAAGGCCAGGGCUGUACUGCCUAUGACGUCGCUGUCAAUAGUAACUUCUACCUGAGGAUGCAGAACAGUGAUUUCUUGCGGGAACUGGUGAUCACCAUCGCCAGGGAGGGCCUUGAGGAUAAGUAUGGCCUACAGCUAAAUCCCGAAUGGCGCAUGUUGAAGUACCGGUCUUUCCUGGGCUCCAUCUCACAGCAGAACAUCCGUUCCCAGCAGCGCCCUCGGAUCCAGGAGCUGGGGACCCUGGAUGCCAGUGGCUCUCUGGGAACCUGUCAUGGCCCAGAACGGCCUCACCUGAACCUUUGGCUGGAAGCCCCUGACCUGCUCUUGGCUGAAGUUGACCUUCCUAAACUGGAUGGCGCACAAGGGCUGGCACUGGAAAUAGGAGAGAACCGCCUAGUGAUAGGGGGCCCCCAGCAACUGUAUCACCUGGAUGCCACCGUUCCCCUGAGGAUCGACAGUGAGGCAAGCAGGGCUGCUUUUCACCGCAGGAGGAAGCAACUGAUGGUGUCCAUGCCCCUCCUGGCAGCGUCUUCUUGACCAGAGUGCCCUGGUUUUCCAGAUGUGGAGAAGAUGUUGGUGUCUUCUCUAAGUGAAAUAAACAGGUUUCCAGUUCUCCCCA